GCUCUCUCUCCUCUGUCUCUCUCUCUCUCUCUCUCUCUUCUAUUUCUCAUAUAUAUAAACUUGCGUUUCCCGGCCAAAUUACAACGAGAGAACGAAGAAACCCUCGCGACCGCUCUGGUGAGUUUUUCGUCGAAAAGAUUGCGGAGAGAACCGGCGAGAAGGCUUUGGUGGAUAUUCAGAGUGGAGAGGAGGGAAAGUGCUGAGUUGUUAGGAGUAUUGGCUCGAUCAAUGGUGUGUAUGGGCGAAGGUGGAGGGGAGAAAAGAGUGGAGAAGGCGAUGGAGAAGGCGCCGGAGAGAUCAAAGCCGCUGCACAAUUUCACGUUGCCAAGGUUGAAGUGGGGGAGCCAGAAAUUCCUGAGGUGCAUGAAGGUGAAUCCGAACGGUCCAGUGCCCGCCGAUCGGCGGUCCUCAGUUUCCGAGGAGGAGAGGGGUUUGAUCGGCCGCCGCAGGGGACCGGAACAGGAGCGGCGACGGUGGAUCGAGCGGAAGGGGAGUUUCGAGAAGUCGCCGUCGCCGCCGGGUGUGGUUGGGGGUUUCGGCGAGAGGUCGGUGGCGGAGAGCGAUGGGGAAGACGGAAUCGAGGCCGUUAGGACGAAACUGAUGUUCGAUCUCCGGACGGCGGCCGACAAGAUGAAAGUUGCAGUUUUGAGCGAAGGUUUGGAGGAGGGGCCGCCGGCGGCGGAAGCGGGCCCGGCCUCCGAGGUUGUGAAGCCGUGGAAUUUGAGGACGAGGCGAGCUGCUUGUAAAGCUCCUAAUGGGAUGGACGGCGAUGUUAACGGUGUCGGACCGAAACCUAACGUCUCGUCGCCGUUGAGGACUGAAAACAAAUCGCCCGCGGUGGAGGCUCCGACCGGCCAGAAGAGAGAGCGGCCUAAGUUUUCCGUUUCGCUUUCGCGGCGAGAGAUUGAGGAGGAUUUCAUGGCGAUGGCCUGUCAUCGGCCCCCUCGGAGAGCCAAGAAGCGACCAAAGAAUGUCCAGAAACAACUGGAUUAUCUUUUUCCGGGCUUGUGGAUGACCGAAAUCACGGCUGAUAUGUACCAAGUUCCUGAUCCUCAUGACAACACCGGAAAGCGGUAGUAAUUGGAUUUGGCGAUUUCGCUGCUGUUCUGCAGACUUGAAGGUUCAUCUGUUUGCUGACAACUGGUAUACUGUGACAUCUUGCAAUGGGGUAUUGCACCAUCUUCGGCAAUAGGGAAAUCAGUAAACUUUGUGAAUUCCCUGGUUAGAAGUGGCGUGAGCUUUAGUUGAGCUACAAUUCGUAUCUUGUUAAUUAUAGUUUCAUUUAGUCAUGUUUCUAAUUUUUUUAAUUGGAAUAAGUUUGUACAGAGAAAAGAUGGGUCAAUGUUCUUUGGACGAAGUACAUCGUUUAAUACAUUGAACUUGUUUUUCCUGAUUAUGAUAAAGCAUUCUUUUGAUACGUUUUUGACAAACUUCUCUUACCUAGCUUUAGCAAUUUGCGUUUAUUUGCUAUUCUUCAAGCUAGGAAGCAUCCAGUUUGGGUGAUGUCCUCAGUCAGAUGUUACUAUGUUUGACAAUUGAAAUGUCAUAUCUGCAUUUGUUUA